AUGAGCUUAUUACCAUUUCAGCUUCUUAAAGGAGCAAUAAAAGCUCGUAUCUCACACUCGAUCUCAUUCUGGUUCGUAAUCGCAUACACCUUUAAUCUGGCCACCUAUUUUGCUACAUUCCUCUACGUUUGGCUGCCGACUUUUUUCAGUUAUGAUGAUUAUCACGAGGAAGUUAAGAAAGUUGUCCUUUGGUUUCUUCCUAUUGUGGCCAUCAUUUCCGCAUGGGUAAAUUUCCUCUACAUACUAAGGAAAUCCCCUUACGGCAUCUACAUAUUUAUGAUGGUCCGCAUACUGCGUUCGUUUGGACACAUCGCCACCAUCUGGAUUCCCACGUUAGUCGCGUUCUCGUUUGCGUUCCAUCUGAUCAUGAGAGAUUCGGGCACAGAGCCAUGGGAGAGCCUGAAGACUGAUGACAACGCCACGGUACUGGAGAAACUGUUCAUCAUACUUCAAGCGAUCACCAAAACAUCAACUAUGAUGAUCGGCGAGGUGGAUGCAAAUGACAUUCUUGGCACCCGUCAAUGGAUUCCCAGCAUUCUGGUGCUCGUCUUCGAAAUCAUCACCGUAAUCCUGCUCAUGAACCUCAUGGUAGGUGAAUUUUGUGAUCGAAGCACUACAGCUGAGCGAGCAUGUGGGUGUCGGUGGCUUACCGCUAACUCCACUUCAUAA